CAAUAUGGCGGAUGAAAACAUGUCAGUUGCGAUUUCUUGUUACGUUUGAAAUUCAUCGAUGUGCAGAUAUGACGCUUACGAUGGUUUGAGGAGAUGGCAGGGAACAGCCAGAACAUAUCUGUUUCUUUAAUUGCGAGACGAAAUUUACUGAAUAAACAAGAUAGAUCUGCGGAUGAUACGGCUGCUGAAUUACUGGAGUUAAGUCAUGUCCGCCUCGAUCGUGAGAAGAUAAGUGAAAUUGACAACUUGGAUUGCCUUGGGCCAGUCACAAAUUUAUAUUUACAGAAAAAUGAAAUCAAUAGAAUAGAAAAUCUUGAGGUUCUUCCAAAGUUGAGAUUCUUGACGUUGGCUGAAAACAAUAUAAGCAAACUGGAAAAUCUGAAAACACUCGCGAACUUAAAGUUCCUGGAUCUCUCAGACAAUAACAUUGAGAAUUUUGAUGCAGAAGAUUUGCCAUCAGGUCUAGUGAUAUUACUUUUAAAAGGAAAUCCUUGCACUCAAAAUGUAGAAUACAAGAAGAAAUUACUCACAGCCCUUCCCUCACUGAAGCAGCUUGAUGGCAAUGAGAUAACAAGACAGGACAGAGUGGAAGCUGGAUGUGAGGCGGAAAGUGAUUCUGAUGAAGACAGUGAUGAACUAGAAGAAAAUGGCGAAUCAGACCUUGACAGAGAAAAAGAAAAACAAGGUUCUCUCCAUCAGCACUGUAAUGAUAUACUGGUACGAGCCAAGAUAAGAACAGUGAAGGAAGCAAAAGAGCACGGGAAGAGAAUGGAAGAACUGGCCUCCCUCAGAGAUCUGCAGUUACAGAGAACAUCAAGCAGAGUUUCCUCCAGGCCCUAACUUAAAAUGUUUAAUGUUUGAGUCACAAAGAAUCUGUGCCAACCAUUCACCAAGAGUUGUAGAAGCUGUUGCUUUAAUUGUUCAGACUUUUUCUGUGAACCCAAAAAACUUGGAUCUCUUUACUUCCAUCAUUCUGUACUUACCAAAAGUGUGGACUGAAUCAGAGGGUUGUGUCACAGCCUCUUGAAGUGGUGAAAAAGGAAAAAAAGAUACUGAGGAUUGUUCUUUGAAAAUAGACAAAGUAAGUAGACAAGUACCACCAGAGGCACUUGUCCAAGAAAAGGGAUUGCACUUUGUGAUUGUAUUGGUGGAGAAAGUCCUGAAAAAAAGCUUAUGUUGUUAAGAACUUGUCUGCCAUUUUGGCAUUGAGAGAGAGGAAGUCAAAAUUAAAGACAUCAUCAAUUUUUGACUCUGAUAAUUGCUUAAAAUUUGCUCACUUUAUUAACAUGUCAGUCAUUGUAACCUGUCCCACAUCCAGUUAGUAAAAUGGAGCAAAGUAGUAAACAGAGCAAUAGCAUAGGAAAGAGCAUAAUAAGGAGGAAAGUUUGGGUAGCACUGGAUAAAGAACAUUUGCUAAGCUACCCAACCCAAGUCUCCCUGAUACUGUUGUGCCUGAAACAGGCUGGUGUCAUUAUAAACAAUCUACUUACUGACUACUCUUACCCAGAUAGACAAGUUGCAAUUGAUUCUUUCCUCAGAUUUUAAGCCAUUUACUGUGUGCUCUAAAAAAUGAUUUUAGGCUAACAGUAAGUUGAGAGAAUUAAAAUUUAUUUGGUCCUGUGCUUUCACACAAGUGUCUCUUUUUUUAUCUCAAGUGACAUUGCACAUUUUAUUACACCUCCAAAAAUGGUAUUGAACAUUUAACAUUGUAUAAUUUUCAUAAUAAGAUUGAAACUUAGAUGCAGACACAACCAGUGACUCCAUAAUGAGAUUCACUUACAACAUAAUUUUUGUGCUCAAGCAUUUUGGUUGUAUACAUGUUCAAGAAGGAAUUCUCUCUUGUCCAUUACAAUAUAUUUUUUUUACUGUUAAUUGAAGCAGAGUACAAAACCUACAUUUCAUCUACACAAGUGAAUUGUUCCUACUUGGAGCAGAUUUUAGGUUCUAUCACAACAUCAACAAAAUUCCUAUUUCCAGCCUCGAUAAUCUAUGAGGUUGAAGGACUAUUAAGCACUAGAAAACGUUUGCUCAAUGUACGAGAUCGUAUGACAAGUAUGUCCUUAAAUGUGGAUCAAUCUUUUGAUCUAUAAUUAUG